AUGGAUGAGACACCGGAGCCCCCGGCCAUGACUGUCCACCUCCUGGCCAACGCCGGGCAGGGCUUGCUUUUGCAGCAAACCCUGGAUCGACUCCUGGAUAGCAUUUGCCCAGAUAUCCGUCUCUUUCUUGUGUCCGAGCGGGCCAGUCCAGUGAAAUACUACGACAAGUGCCACUCCAAGCGGUCACGCUUCCCAGGGAUGUCUGUUCUGCUUUUCUUGCAGGAGAACCUUGGAGAGGAGAGGCUCUUCCACGUGCUUGACUCCCUACAGCAUUGGCCGUGGCAGUGCUACCCGGCUCAGAACGCCCAGGGAAGACCCUGCCCCUACCUUCUUGCCAAUCAGGAAUUCUACAGUCUGGACAGCCAGAUGCCCAUCUGGGGCGUGAGGCAGGUGCAAUGUGGCGCUGAGAUCCUGAGAGUGACCCUCUACUGCCGUUUUGAUAACUAUGAGGACGCCAUCCGGCUCUACGCAAUGAUCCUGCAGAGAGAAGCCACCUUGCAAAAGAGUAACUUCUGUUUCUUCAGGCUCUACUCCACUGAGACCUUUGCCCUGCAGCUCUCCCUGAAGCAGCUGCCCCUCGGAACAUCGGUGGACCCCAAAGAGGCUUCGGUGUUGCAGUUCAAGGUCCAGGAGAUUGGCCAGUUAGUGCCUCUUCUACCCCAUCCCUGUGUCCCCAUCAGCCGCACCCGGUGGCAAACGCAGGACUAUGAUGGCAACAAGAUUCUGCUUCAGGUCCAGUUGAAUCCAGGGCUUGAUGUGAGGAACGGCGAGCCUCCUUUUCUGAACAGCACCUUGGGAGCUGACACUCUUCCCCACAGCUCCAGGCUGACCCCUGUCUCUGCAAUUAGGACCCUAGAGCUGAGGAGUCGAAGGAGUCGGGGCAGGAGGUUCAAGGUGGGCUCCGUGGAGCGGCCUGAGCCUGGUGGGCGGCCAGUGUCAGACAGUUCCGGUGACACUUCGUGGAAAAGCCCUGGCGGCUCAGCUCAGCCCAGCAGCGCAGCCACGGACUCCCAGCCACAACUGUCCUCUCUUCACCUCGAACCCGGGGCCAGAAUGAAGGUCCUCGGCCGGGAAAACAGCUUCGAGAAGCUGGAGGCAGAGACCAAUGUUGACACUGGAUUCACCGUGGUCAGUUCUGAACCCAGGCCAUCUUCUGAGAGCAGAUUUCCGAGGAAUCUUCCGACCCACCAACCACCAUCCUGCUUGUCAACCUCUUUUUCAGGGUCAGCUGCUUCCAAAAACAACAGGAUCUUUAAGGAAAGGGUUCACCCCCUGUCACUUGCUGGCCAAAGGGAACUUGGUGCUAAGAAGAUACUCUCAAAAUGUCCUCUUCCUCUGCCAGUCCAAGGUGAAGCAAAAGAAAUGGAAGAAGAAUUCUUUAUAUAG